AUGAAGAGAGCGUUUCAAGAAGAUUGUCCUAAUUUACCAAGCACAUCGGAGUCACCAGAUAGAAAAAAGUCAAAGCUUGUUAACAUAUUGUUUGUUUGUGAUGAGUGGAACUCCAGUAAGGGCGGUUUGUCUACUUUCAACAGAGAAUUUGCAAUCAAUCUUGCUAAAGCAUCAAGGGAUGACUUUGUUAUUCACUGUUUCGUCUCUCAGAGUAGUGAAUCAGACAGAGAAGAUGCUGGGAAAAAUGGCGUGAAUUUAAUAACAGCAAAAAGUGUGCCGGGAACUCAUGACCAUCUGGAAUGGCUGAGACUUGCUCCUUCGGAGCUCCCACAUCCUGAUGUUGUUAUCGGCCAUGGACGAAAGUUUGGCACCUUUGCUUAUUGCAUUGUACAAAAUACCAAGUGCAAAUGGAUACAGUUUGUGCAUGUAUUUUGCGAAGACCUUGGAAAGUACAAGCAAACUGAUACUAACACUCAAACAGAUGCAGUGGAGGAGAAUGAGAAGAAGCAUAAACAGGAAAUCAGACUUUGCGAGGCUGCAAACACCGUGGUCGCUGUUGGCUCACUAUUACAGCAAAAGUACAGCAGAUGUCUCCCAGUCACGAAAGUUCACAUUAUCACUCCUGGAAUUUUGGAUAAAUUCGUCAACCUUUCAGAUCAAAUACUUGCCAAUAUUUCACAUAGUCCUGACGAGUUCAGUGUCUUUGUCUUUGGGAGAGGAUCUUACGAAGAUCUGUCACUCAAGGGCUUUGAUAUUAUUGCCAAUGCAUUAGGUUCUCUUGGGGAGAAGUAUAAGAUGACAUUUGUUGGUUCACCUGAAGGCCAACAUAGAAAUAUAAUGGACUGGUUCCUACAAAAUACAAGAAUAACAAAGAGGCAGUUAACAGUUCGUGGUUUCUGCAAUCAAGAUGAAGUGAAAAAAAUGUUCUAUGAAGCAGACUUGGUUGCUAUGCCUUCUCGUACGGAAGGCUUUGGUCUGAUUGCUCUGGAAGCCAUUUCUGCUGAUGUCCCUGUUCUUCUUACCAGUGAAUCUGGAAUAGCUAAAGCGUUGGAGCAAGUGGACGGUGGAAAGUCUGUUAUCAUUAAAUCAGAAGAUCCGGAAGAGUGGUCUCAAAGAAUCAGAACUCUUUCCGAGAUGAAGUCGAAAGAGAGACUUAACAUGUCUAUUAAUCUCAGAGAAAGCUACAACAAGGCAUUCCCUUGGGACACCCAGUGUGAGAAUUUUAAAGAGAUCAUUUUGAGGAUGAUGAGUGACAACUGCUGUGCUGAAAGUGAUGAAGGUAAAAUAUGGUCCAUGUUAUUGGCUCUUCAUUUUCAUGAUAGAGGGUUAUUACGUAGUAUCCGGUAGAAAAGCCACAAGAUUACACUUAAAUGCAUAUUAUUUUCAUGCCCAGAAUAAGAUUCGUUUUAGAGAUUACGACUAUUUUUACAACUUGUCUCCUUUACUUUCAUUUUCAUAAUGGGAACAAAACAUGGAAGGUGCAAAGAUUUUAAAUCAGUAGAAGAUUCUACCAACCUCCCACCCAUCCCUUCCCAAACAACCCAAGAUUUUGCCCUAAAUGAGAAGUGUUAACAUUGGGUAAGGGGAGGGGUAGGCUGGUAGUUUUCCCAAAUCUUCCUUUUCUAAUAUAAGACCAUCUCUGAAAAAUAGGUAACAAUCAACCACAUCAUUGUUUUAUUGUGCGUAAAUAAUGAUCAUUGUUUUCUUUUUCCAAUUCUCCAUUUCCCAUUUUUAAAUAUGCAAUCUGUUUCUUUCUGACUUUCAUAUUCCAAAAUAAUUAUCUUCUUAGGGAAAGGUGUCUCAUCCAUUCAUGAGAAGUCUGUUCCAGUUAAUAUAGAAAACAUUUACCGUGAUUUCAAAGCCGUAAAUGAUGAUCAAGAUGUUGGUGUGUUACAUGCUGCUGCAAAACACGGAGAAAUUGAAAUCAUCGAGUUAUUGGUGUCACAAGGAUGCCUCGUAGAUUCAAGGAGCAGGGAAGGUCUAACUCCACUAAUGAUGGCAGCUAAUCAUGACGAACCAAAUGCUUUUCAGUUGUUGUUACAGAACAGUGCUGAUCCAUCGUUGAAAGACAACUAUGGGUUGAGUCCGCUCCACUAUGCUGCAAAAGGUGGUAAUACAUCCAUUAUCAAAAACCUGUUAUCACUUGGUGUUGACAUUGAUUCAAGGGGCACACAAGGUACCACUGCACUGAUGUUCGCAGCUGCUUUUGACAAGCAAAGUGCUUUUCAGCUGUUGAUAGAAAACGGUGCUGAUCCUUCUUUAAAAGCUGACAAAGAGUUGAGUCUGCUCCACUGUGCUGUCCAGGGUGGAAAUACAUCCAUUAUCAACAAGCUGUCAUCACUUGGUCUUGACAUUGAUUCUAGGAGUGGUGCUUUUAACCGCACACCACUAAUGUGUGCAGCUGCUGAUGGUAAACAAAGUGCUUUUGAAAUGCUGAUACAAAAUGGUGCAGAUAUAUCUUUGAAAGACUAUUUUCAUCAAAAUCUGCUCCACUUUGCUGCACAAGGAGGAGAUAUAACCAUUAUAAACAAGCUGUUAUCUCUUGGUCUUGACAUCAAUUCAAGAAGCUUACAAGAUGAAACGCCUCUAAUGCAUGCAGCUGCUGAUGGCAAACAAAGUGUUUUUGAGAUGUUGGUAAAGAAUAGCGCUGAUCCAUUUUUGAAAGACAACGAUGGUAGCAGUCUGCUCCACCAUGCUGCAAACGGUGGAAAUACAUCCAUUAUUGAUAAGCUGUUAUCACUUGGUCUUGAUGUUGACUCAAGGGAUUCUUAUGGCUCCUCCCCUCUAAUGCGUGCUGCUGAGUGGCCUCAACAAAGAGCUUUUCAGAUGUUGAUACAAAAGGGUGCUGAUCCUUUUUUGAAAGAUAAGGAUGGAUCAAGCCUGCUCCACUGUGCUGCAAAAGGUGGAAAUACAUCCAUUAUCAACGAGCUGUUAUCACUUGGUCUUGAAAUUGAUUCAAAAGACCUCAGUGGCAAA